AUGGAUAAUUUUGAAUCCAUGUGUCGGACAUGCUCAUAUACAGGCGAAUUACAAUCGUUAUUUGGAGAUAAACAUAUGAUUAUUGCUGAAAUGUUAAACGAAAUGGUUGAUUUAAAAGUUAUUAAAGAAUUCCCAACCAAUUUCGAUAUAAAAGAACUUGAAAUUGAUUCAAAGGAAUCGAGUGUAUUAUUAAUUCAUCAAGAAAGUGGUGCUCUAGAAAGUGAUUGUAAAGAUGAAGCAGAGAAUAUUUCUUUGGAACAGGAAUUUUACAAAGAUAAACAUGAAGAAAUUCAGCGGCGAAAACAACAUUUACGAUCGCAUACGAAAGAAAAACCAUUUGAAUGUGAAAUUUGUGGUGCAAAAUUUUCAUCACGUUGGAAUUGUUUACGACAUACGAAAUUACAUUCGGGUAAUAAAUCAUAUGCGUGUGAUAUGUGUGAUCGAAAAUUCUAUGAAAAAUAUGAAUUAGCUGCACACAAAAGUAGUCAUUCUACGGAAAAACCGUUUAAAUGUGAAUUGUGUACGAAGCGAUACAAAAGAAAAUCACAUCUUGAUAUGCAUAUCGCAUAUGUACAUGAAAAAUCGAAAAAAUACGCACAAAAAAUGAAUGAUAAAAAACGACAUUUAUGUAAUCAUUGUGGAAAAACAUUUUCCAUAAAACCACAAUUGGAUAGGCAUGAAUUAAUUCAUAUGGGUAUUAAACCAUUUAAAUGUAAUCAAUGUUCGUUAAGUUUUCGACAGAAAUCACAUUUACAAACACAUCAUUUAACGCAUACUGGUGAAAAACGAUAUCAGUGUUCGGUAUGUGCGAAAAAAUUUGCUGCAAAUGGUAAUUUAACGAUUCAUAUGAGAAUACAUACGGGUGAAACACCGUAUGUUUGUUCGAUUUGUAAAAAAGGGUUUUAUGAUUCGAGUAGUUUGAAAAAGCAUAUAACAAAUCAUUAA